CGACAGCAACUUUUUUUAUUGCCCCCAUUCCAACCAACACAUACCACCCCCUGUGCCGUGGUUGUUGAACUGCUACCGACCUCCACUCCUUGGACUCCCCCGAUCCCACCAAUCACACCCCCUCGAAUUGGCACACACAAAUCGCAUGCCACGCCCAUAAUGUCGCUACUCCCGCCAGAGGCGCAUACCGCUCUCACCCAACUCCUCCAGGCUCUCCAGUCCACCGACAACUCCGCUCGCUCACAGGCCGAGGAGCGCCUGACGACAGAAUGGGUCAAUCAACGCCCCGACAUGCUCUUAAUGGGCCUGGCGGAGCAGAUGCACGAUUCACCAGAUGAAGGGUCUCGCUCCUUUGCCGCUGUCCUCUUCCGCCGCAUCUCCACCCGCACCUCCAAAGACCCCUCCACCAACGAGAACAAGGAGAUAUUCCUACACCUGGGCCAUGCGCAGCGAGGCCAGAUCCGCACGAAGCUGCUCGAGAGCCAUGCCAAAGAGCCCAAGGCGGCCGUCAGAAACAAAAUGUCCGAUGCGGUGGCAGAGGUGGCGCGGCAGUACACAGACGAGCAAGUCCUUAACCCCGACGGCUCGCGGGACACCUGGCCCGAGCUGCUCAAUGCUCUCUUCCAGGCCAGCCAAUCCCCCGAUCCCGCCGUGCGCGAAUCCGCCUUCCGCAUUCUCGAGACCACCCCGGGCAUCAUCGAGAAGCAGCAUGAGAGUGUGGCGUAUGGCGUGUUCGAGAAGGGCAUCAAGGACGACAGCGCCGACGUCCGCCUGGCCACCAUGUCCGCCUUUUCCUCCUUCUUCGCUUCACUCACCAAGAAGUCACAGCCCAAGUACUACGGCCUCAUCCCGGACAUUCUCAACACCCUUGUCCCGCUGAAAGAGUCUCAAGAGUCGGAUUUGCUGUCCAAGGCGUUGAUGGCCAUCAUCGAGCUUACCGAGACGGCGUCGAAGAUGUUCAAAAACGUCUUUUCCCAGCUCGUCACGCUGUGCAUUAGUAUGGUGCAGGAUAAAGAGCUGGAUGACCAGGCGAGGCAGAAUGCGUUGGAACUCAUGGCUACCUUUGCCGAUUACAAUCCCGCCAUGUGCAAGAAAGACCCCAACUACACGAACGAUAUGGUCACGCAGUGCCUGUCGCUCAUGACCGAUGUCGGGCUGGAUGAUGACAACGCAGAAGAGUGGAACGCGCAAGAAGACUUGGACUUUGAUGAGAGCGACUCGAAUCACGUGGCCGGCGAGCAGACAAUGGAUCGAUUGGCGAAUAAGCUGGGCGGGCAGAUCGUGCUCCCGCCAACAUUCAACUGGCUUCCGCGCAUGAUCGCUUCCGGUGCGUGGAGGGACCGACACGCGGCAUUGAUGGCGAUUUCCGCAAUCUCGGAAGGGUGUCAGGAGCUUAUGGAGAGCGAGCUGGAUAAAGUCUUGGAUCUCGUCGUGCCUGCUCUCGGCGAUCCACACCCCCGGGUACGAUGGGCGGGAUGCAAUGCCCUCGGACAGAUGAGCACCGACUUCAAGGGGACCAUGCAAACAAAAUACCACGGCAUCGUUCUACCCGCCCUCAUCCCUGUCUUGGGUGCUCCCGAACCCCGAGUGCAAUCACAUGCUGCGGCGGCCCUGGUCAACUUCUGCGAAGAAGCAGAAAAGGAGAUCCUCGAACCCUACCUCGACACUUUACUGGAGAAUCUGAUGCAAUUACUGCAAAGUCCCAAGCGAUUUGUGCAGGAGCAGGCUCUGAGCACCAUCGCCACAGUAGCCGACUCGGCCGAGAGCACAUUUGGCAAGUGGUACGGCAGUCUGAUGCCUCUUCUCUUCAAUGUCCUCCAACAGCCUAACGAGCGCGAACUUCGACCCCUCCGCGCGAAAGCCAUGGAAUGCGCUACACUUAUCGCCUUGGCUGUCGGAAAGGAGAAGAUGGGACAAGACGCUCUCACCCUCGUCCAGACCCUCGGCAAUGUGCAAGCCGGCAUCGUGGAUGACGACGAUCCUCAAGAGAGCUAUCUGCUUCACUGCUGGGGCCGAAUGUGUAGAGUGCUCGGUCAAGACUUUGUCCCAUACCUCCCAGCCGUUAUGCCGCCUCUUAUGAAGCUGGCGCAGGCGAAGGCUGACAUCCAAUUGCUGGAUGAUGAGGAGAACGUGGCCAAGUUCGAGCAGGAAGAAGGCUGGGAGCUGGUGCCGCUCAAGGGCAAAUACAUCGGCAUCAAGACGAGCACACUCGAGGACAAGUUUAUGGCGGUCGAGCUGAUCACCAUCUACGCGCAGUACCUGGAAGCCGGCUUCGCGCCGUACGUGAUUGAGAUUAUGGAGAAUGUGGCCAUACCUGGCCUCGCCUUCUUCUUCCACGACCCUGUACGCGUGGCCUCGGCUAAGGCGGUUCCGCAGCUGCUCAGCUCCUUCAAGGCCGCGCACGGUCUCAAUUCUCAGGAAUACGUCAAGCUCUGGCAGGAGACGAUUGCAAAGGUGCUGGAAGUGCUGGAGACCGAGCCGGCGAUCGAGACUCUGGCAGAAAUGUACCAGUGCUUCUACGAGUCGGUGGAGGUGACGGGCAAGGACUGCCUGUCAAACGACCACAUGGCCAUCUUCAUUACUUCCGCAGAGAGCGUGCUCAAAGACUACCAGCAGCGGGUGAAGGAGCGAGAAGAUGAAGCAAAGGAGCGAGAGGAUGGAGAGGAGGCGGGCGAGGACGAGGAAUUCGCCAUCGAAGACGACCAAACCCUGCUCUCCGACAUGAAUAAGGCCUUCCACACCAUCUUCAAGCACCAAGGCCCCUCCUUCCUGCCGCACUGGGAGCGUCUGCUCAACUACUACGACGUCUUCAUCACCAGCCACGACGCCACGCAGCGCCAAUGGGCCCUGUGCAUCUUCGACGACGUUCUCGAAUUCUGCGGUGCCACGUCGUGGCACUACAGCUCGCACAUCAUCCAGCCGCUACUAGAUGGCAUGCGCGACGACGCGCCCGCCAACCGCCAAGCAGCCUGCUACGGUGCAGGUGUAGCCGCGCACAAAGGCGGGGAUGCCUGGGCAGAAUUCGCGAACCACAGCCUUCCCAUUCUCUUCCAGGUGACGCAGCGCGCGAACGCGCGGAGCGAAGACGACGCGUUUGCUACGGAGAAUGCGUGCGCUAGCAUUGCGAAGAUUCUGCAUUUCAAUCGGGCAAAGGUGGAGAAUGUGGGCGAGGUGGUGGCGCUGUGGGUGGACACGCUGCCGGUGGUGAAUGAUGAGGAGGCGGCGCCGUACGCUUAUGCCUUCUUGGGACAGCUGGUGGAUGAACAAAGCGCGGCAGUCAUGGCCAAGGCCCCCCAGUGCUUCACGUACAUCGCCCAGGCGCUCGAGGCGGAGACGCUGCAGGGCAAUUCGGCGCAGCGGGCGGUCGCGACGGCGAGGAAGCUGGUGCAGACGGCGGGCUUGGACGCCAAUCAGCUGCUCGCCGGCCUGCCGGCGGAGACGCAGCAGACGGUCCGGGCUUACUUUGGGUAGUAGAGUAGAUGGGGAUUGGUGCUUCAUUGUUGGACACAUAGCGUGGCGUUUGCCUUGCGGCCGGCUGGCUGGCAUUGAGUGAGAUAUGAGGAUGGACGUGGUUUACGUAGGGAGGAGGAUGGGAGUGGGUAGCCCUGGCUUUUGGCCGGUCUUGCAUACGUCGAGCCCUUGAAAUUGAUCGUACUGCCUCGCACGAGACAGCGGUCAAUACUGCUUUG